UGGUGACGUGUGACGUACGUUUUGUUUGCGGAGCGCGCCAAACAGGGCCAUCAACAGUAGUAAUCGCAGUGGCUUAAACUCUGGAACCCUUUUGCUCAGCUUGGCGUAAUAUUCAUGCUUGGUAGGAUAUAUGGCUUCUACAAGUAAAGCGCCGCUACAGACCAGAAAUUUACCAUGGGUUGAAAAAUACAGACCACAGACACUUGAUGAUCUGAUUUCACACAAAGAUAUUCUGAGCACUAUCCAAAAGUUUAUCAGUGAGGACAAGCUUCCACACCUUUUGUUCUAUGGCCCACCUGGAACAGGAAAAACCUCAACCAUACUCGCUUCUGCCAGGCAGCUGUACAAAGAGAAGGAGUUCAACUCUAUGGUGUUGGAGCUCAAUGCAUCUGAUGACAGAGGUAUUGAUGUAGUACGAGGUCCCAUUCUGAGUUUUGCCAGCACCAGGACCAUCUUCAAGAAGGGCUUCAAGUUGGUGAUACUGGACGAGGCCGAUGCCAUGACCCAGGAUGCCCAGAAUGCAUUGCGUCGAGUCAUUGAGAAGUUCACAGAAAACACUCGAUUCUGUCUCAUUUGCAACUACCUUUCCAAGAUCAUCCCCGCCCUGCAAUCUCGCUGCACCAGGUUCCGCUUUGGUCCGCUUUCGCCAGACCAGAUGAUCCCUCGGUUGGAGCACGUUAUCCAGCAGGAGAAUAUUGACAUCACGCCAGAUGGAAUGAAGGCUAUUGUGACCUUAUCAACAGGUGACAUGAGAAGAUCGCUCAACAUACUGCAGAGCACCAGUAUGGCCUAUGGGAAGGUCACAGAAGACACAGUGUACACCUGCACAGGGCACCCCCUCCGCUCAGAUAUAGCCAACAUCCUCGACUGGUGCCUCAACAAAGACUUUACUUCAGCGUACAACCAAAUCCUUGAGCUGAAGACUCUGAAAGGUUUGGCUUUGCAUGAUAUUCUCACUGAGGUUCAUCUGCUUGUACACAGAGUGGAUUUUCCUCCCGCUAUUCGGAUUAGUCUGCUCAUCAAGUUGGCCGACGUAGAACAUCGGCUUGCAUCGGGAACCAGCGAGAAGAUCCAGCUGAGCUCCAUGGUUGCAGCUUUCCAGGCAGUGAGAGAGCUCGUGGUCAGCGAAGCACCUUAGAUACAGUAAUGCAACGAUGGUCUUUUUCCACAGUGGGGUGGGGGGGGGCGGCAGUGUAAAAGAUGUCUGGAACAAUGCUAGCAGCUAUCUGACUCACUCACAUCUGCAUACAGAACCAAGAUGGAAGUCGAUCAGCACAGUGGAAAAACGAAACAAAAGAUCCUUUUGGCACUUUUGAUUUAAAAGGUGGACUUGAAAAAUCCUAUUUUCAGUUUAGUAUCACUGCAACCAGGUAAUCAGUUCAUUGUCCAAAAAAAAGUCAUUGAACAUGUGUAUGUUUUAAUCAGUUUAAUAAAACCCUUUCUUAUAAGUCCA